AUUAAUACUUUUGCAGAUAUUGCCUAUACUCGAUUUCAUUCAGUGAUAACUAAAAAUAAAAUUUAAAAACUAAAACAAUUGAGAUUAAAAAAUUAUAGGUGUAAAAAGUACUCAUAAUUAGUUUAUCUUAGAAUUAGGAGCAGAAAAUUUGAUAAUUCACGUUAUGAUUUAACAAUGUCAAGAUUCGAAGACAUUCCCCUACAACCGAAAUCCCCAAGAGAAUAUUUCGAACCCCUGCUUGUAGAAGACCUACUGGCCACAAAGCAUCCUUUAGAAGCCCAUUACGGCAAAUGCAGUAUAAUAGGAAAAUUAAUAUACGACGAAAACGAUAAAAUGUAUUACUUGGAAAGUUUACGCAUCCCCGCCUUGCCUCAAGAUAUUCAACUCCCCGAUGGCUAUUUUAGAAUUAGAUUAAUAACAGGCCUUCUUGGUACAAACUUGCCAUUAAAUAGCACAGUCGAAGCACUAGGUGAAGUGGUAUUGUGGAAUAACCAAGUGCCGCACCAUGAUUCUGAAAAUGUUUUGACUAAAACAUCUCAAGAUCUGUAUUUGCAAUUGAAUGAGCAUUAUGCAGAAAUGGCAGAACAGUUGAAUUUGCCGAAAAAGGAUUUGUCCGGUUGUUUAAUAGAUUUACCUGUUGAGAUGCGGAAGUGUAUCUCAGAUGAAUUGAAAAGAAUGAAAAGUGUAUAUAAGAUUGUGUUUAAACCUUAUCAUGUUUCGAAAACAUCUCAUGCCUGUGAUAUUAUAGGUGCAAAUUUGGAAAUUAAGUACCUUUGCAAGAGCAAGUCCUCAAAUGGUGUUAAUUGUUAAUAUAGUUGAUUU